CAAAAAACACCACUUUCUCGUUUAGUAUGGAAGGAAGCGUGCGAUGAGAGAGAAUGGUGACUAGUACGCAUGUCUGGAUACAAGCAGGGAAAAAGAUACCCUUUCUUGCUUAGAGGCUGGCUGGGGUAAAUCGCGACACAGAAAGAGAGCCCUGGGCUUCAAAAGGGAGGAAAGGAUUUGGAAAGGAUUUUAGGAUUUGAGAGAACAGAGAGGAUUGGAGAGGAAAAGGGACCUUAAUAGAGAGAACGAAAGAGGAGAUAUACAGGGAAGGAGAGUUUUAGGAUUCCGGAAAUAGGCAGAAGAGGAGGAUAGAAAGUGAGGAAAAUCAGAGAGAAAGAGUGGUUAUAGGGUUCUGGGAAAGGGCUGAGUUUUGGCCAACUUGAGGGAAACCAAAAAGGGUUCAAGCGUGCAGGGAAAACAUGCCUAGUUUGAUGCUCAUUUUGAUGCUUAACUUGGUGAUGAGGGUUUAAAAUGGGAGGCAGAAGGCUGUUAGAUCAAAAGACGUAGUGCACAUACAUAGGACAGGCCACAAAGCCUUGUUCUUGAUUGAAAAGUUAGCCGAUUUCUGCCUCGGAUUUUGUCAUAUUUGCACCUUUUAAUAUAAAAAUGGGGGCUUCAGUUGAAGGCGAGUUUGCUGAAUUUGCAGCAAAGGUGAAGAGGACUGUGUACUUGGAUAAUAUCUCACCGCAGGUCACUGAAGCUGUCUUGAGAACUGCUCUGGAGCAGUUUGGAAAAGUCAAAGGGGUCCACUUCAUACCAAACUACUUGGGACCUAAGAACCUCCCACAGUGUGCUUUGGUGGAGAUGGAGGAUGCAAAGAAAGCUAAAGCAGUUAUCUCUACCUUAUCCCAGUAUCCAUUCAUGAUAAGUGGGAUGCCAAGGCCGGUGAGAGCACGCGCUGCUAAAGAAGAGAUGUUCAACGAACGCCCAAGAAAACCUGUUAGAAAGAUAAGCUGUACUUGGUUGGAGCCAAGUGAUCCUGACUUUGAAGUAGCAAAAAGAUUGAAAGUUCUUGCCCAAAAGCACACUGCUGAAACUUCAUUCAUGCUGAAACAGCAGAUUAACCAAGAACAGGAGCUUGCAAACCAGCAAGAAAGGGCACUUAAAGCAACAUAUAAGAAGUUUGAAAUGAUAGAAAGUCUCAUCACUGAUGGAACCGCUAAGGAUUUGUCAGAACAAUACAAAUCUAGUUUCCGAUGAUUGAUGAACCAUGAAGCUUUUGUCCAAGUUUGAUCAUUGGGUCAAAUGUAAGUAAGAUGCAGGACAAGGAUUAU